AUGUGUAGUUUAGUUAACAUUGUUUCUUGUAUAAUUUUGGUCAUAAUAAUACCAUAUUCCACAAAUAAUGGGGUGUUUAAUAAUCCUUUUGAUGUAAAUAGAAACCUCAAUGACAAAAAGGAAAUAAAUAGGAGAUAUUUAUCUGAAGGAAUGUGGAAUAAUUAUUACAAAAUAAAAUUAUCUAAUGACAACAUUAGAGAGUAUCAAUAUAAUAAUAUAAAUUAUCCCCCCCAAAAAAACAAUAAUAAAAAAAAUAAACCAGAGUCAUCAGUAUAUCAAGGAACUAAUGAUAACAAUUAUAUGCCUAAUUAUUAUGAAAAUGGUGAACCAAUAAACUAUAACGAACAAAUGCUUCCUUAUAAUACCACAUCAUCGUUAUUAAAUUCUGUAAUAAACGAUACUCCUCCAAAUAUACCAAAACAAAAUUCCUUUGAAUUAGCAUUACAUAGUAUUGGAAAUUAUGUAGCAGAUAAAGUGUUUUCUCCUUCCAUUUUAAGUCAGAUUUUACCCCUCGGUGGUAUAGUAAUUUCAUGUUAUUUUAUGGCGGCGUUGGCAGGACUUUUCAAGUAUAUUAUAUCAAUUUAUUUCUUAUUCAAAUUAUUCAAAUCAUUCUAUAGGAAACGAUGCGAUAGAACUAAAACGACUCCCAAUAGGAACAAUAUUCCACCUUAUAAAUAA